AUGGUGAAAGGCGGAAGUUGCAGGGACGGAGGCUGCAUGUCCGACAAACGGACGCAGAUGCGGUGGUGCCUGUCAGAGGCAACGCUGUCACUGAGCCGUGACAGGCUGCAAAGUGCCGAGGCAAUGUCAGUUAUGAGGGAUGAAAGAAAAGGCAGGCUCCUCCUCAGGUACCGAGCGACGCUGCCAGAUCUGUCCAUUCACAGUGGUGUGUUUGGAUUCAUCCCGACUCAGGGGUUUGCUGACUCGAUUGGCGAAGCAACUCGGAAAUCGAUCACUGAUUUCUGCACCCCCAAGCUUAACCCACCCAGGCAAUUCAAGCAAACCACCUGCCCAGUUGACCAAAAAUUGCUCCGAAAUGUUCAGGAGAAAACCCAGAUUUUGGUCACUGAUGCGGCAGGUCCUGAGUUGCUAGCUUCCCGCAUUUUGAGCGGGAAGAGACAAGCGGCAAGCGCCGGCUUUCAGGAUCCCUUCUUUAAACGGGUCCGAGUGAUUGGACGAGACGCGGCGCAUGCGUCCACUCGUUUGUUGAAGCGGCCAUUCGAGGCACAUCCUGAGAUUGAGAAGUUGCUGAACGAAUUUGUGACCGGGAAGGACAGUUUCGCGCAAAAGGUGCAAUAUUCCCCGUUGUAUCAGCAAUGGUGGAAGAAAAGCCUGGUUGAUGAGGCUGGAGGGAGCGAUCUGUCCGCGGCAAAGCACAGGUUUGCCAGCUAUAUGAACCCGCUGGCCAAAAUCAGCAAAAACAUGGGCGCCAUGAUGCAAGUGUGCCAUCAGAUCGCCACCGUCAGAUCUGAUGACUCCAGUGGGAGUGCAUGGGCGCACCGACUGAUUGAAAAUUUCUCGGGGAAGAAAGCAGUUGCCCUGGGACUGCUCGCCGAUGCUGCUUGUACCUGCCAUGACCUGACCCGGUGGCUCGACUCUGAAGACGUCGAUAUAUGCCAGGUGAACAGCCAGGUGCAAUGCUUUGUAGCAUCACUUCGGACCCUGUUUGGAGCCAAGAAGGUGUUGGAGCUGCCAACAUACACAAAGCACAUCGUGGAAGAGCUUACGCGUCGCCCCAUCACCAUUCUGCACGGCAGUCCUAGACAAGUUAGAAUCUCUCAGACAGAUAUUGCAGAGGGCAUGAAAAUCUUGCAAGAACGGGCUGUCGUAUCAGAGGCCGCUGUGGCCACUGAGUUCCCAAGCUGGGACGUCAUCGCCAGCUUUGAUGCGUUUUGUCUGCAGGGCGCAGGUGAGUCUGCGCAAGACCGACCGGAAGCCAAGACCAGCCUGGCUAAACUUGCCCAAGUGUUCCAAGUUAACUUAGGAAAAUUGACACGACAAUUUAUUGCCUUCUUACCCAUGGCCAGCGCGAUUCAAAAGCAAGCUGGUCUGGACAACCGCGCAGCUUGGUCAGAAGCUUUGAUUCGAUCUCAAGGACGCAAGUUGAUGCGAGACAAGUAUCCCUGUGCUGAGCUGCGGAAGGUCAUUUGCGCUUAUUUAGCCUGGACGAACUCAAGCUCCGGAGUAGAGCAACUCUUUUCAAAACUUCAGAACAGCCCGACUGAGCAAGGAAACGCGAAAUGUGAUACCGAUCGCCGCCUGGCGACUGUCAUCGGAACUGUCAAAGAUUCUGACGCAGAGGAGAUUGUGCGUCGUGCCCGGGCGCUGUACGCAGACCUUUUGGUUUCCGGCCGGGCGCGGGUUCUCUCGGCAGCAGCUGCCAAAUUGAAAACGGAUGCAGCCAACGAUGCGGCGCGGAGAAAGAAGUUUCAGGAGGUGACCACGGCCACCAAAUUGAAGACACAGAAACAGUCCAUUGCUUGGGCAAUGAAAUCCCUGCAGUCUCCAGUCUAUUUUGCCGGUGCCAGUCCUACAGAGGUUGCCAAAUGGACCAAGAAGCUGGCUGACCGUGGAAUCACCAACGUGACGCAUGUGCGCGUGGAAGCGCCCAGGGUGACAGUGGUUGGAAGGACUGCAGCCAUGCCGCGGCUCAAAGUCUUGAAAUCCUUUGCGAAGCCCAAGGCUAGAAGCGUUUCUGCACAAGACAGAGACAAAUUGAUUGCCAGCAUCAACGCCCUCACCACUAAUUGGAGGCAGCGCUUGAAACCAUGGCCAAAGCCUUCGUCGCUACAACCAAUCAGGUUGAUAUCUGACUGCGCCGGAUAUGGCUCCGACCUGAUUGCUUUGCGGCUGCUAGGAUUACGCGCCAGGGUUCAAUGCGUCAUGAUGUCUGAGUGCAACCCUGCAAAGGUGCAUCUGCACCAAGCAGUUGAAGAAGUAUGUGGCUUCGAUGCAGCCCAGCUCGAACAUGUCUCUGACAUGUCUUUGCGAGAUAACUCGACAGCACCGUCUGUGGAACUUUAUGUGGCCGGAUACCCCUGCCCAUCAUUUUCCAGGCUGGGAAAACAGAAGGGCACCCAAGACAGCAGAGGGAUGAUCACCAUCCAUGGACUUGCAUUCAUAGCCAAAACUCGCCCGCUCAUGGUGGUCUUAGAGCAAGUCUCUUCCCUUUUGCAUCGCAAGCACAAGAGGGUGUGGGAGUUCUUACAGAAAACCUUGAGGCUUUUGGACUACAAGUAUGUCUACCAAACCUUGAACACAAGGCAAUUUGGAGUGCCGCAGUCACGCCCACGGGUGUAUGUGUUGGCGGUUGCCGCAGAAUGCUGUUUGCAGGAACAGUUGCAGAUGCCUGUGGAGAGAAAGCAGCACCCUGAUUUGCACACCUUCUUAGACAAGGAGAAGUCGGGAACCGAAAUCCUUUCCUUGCCCCACUAUGAGAGGCAAGCCGGCCCGAAUUUGUGGAAGAAGGGCUACGUGGUGGACAUCAAGUCUUCAGAUGCUUUCCAACAUCUGAUGAAGAACUGCUGCCCCUGCCUCACCUUCACUCGUUGCCGAGAGUUUGGCUAUUACAUUCCUAAGCUCAGACGACGCUUGAACACUUUCGAGUGCGCCCGCUUACAGGGCUUGCCAGAUGCUGUUACGCAAGCGAUGCUUGCAUGUUGUCGGGAGGAAUCCUUACCUGCAGGUACGGUGGAAGCGUCCAUUGGAGAUGCCAUGAGCAUCAACGUUUUGAUGCUGGACCCGCAGAAGGAUAGUAGGGUGAAUGCGGGCGCCCUGGUGGUGGCGCGCUUUCUCGGCUUGCGGGCCUUGGGAACCUUCGGGUUCAGCGCCUGCGGGUGCAGCCUUGUCAUGGUGACUUCGGCAGCAGCUGCUGAGCCCAAGCAACGUGGCCGUUCUCCCGGUCCUCCUCGUGGCGAUUCGCCUGGCCCUGGCGCUGCUCCGGCGGCAGAAUCGGCUGCGGCGAGUCAUCAUGCCAGUCAUGGCAAAGACGACGAACGCCGGGCGCAAGCUGCAGCUUCACCGUCGCCGCGCCAGGAUUCUGACACGGCCAGCGACACACGCCGUGCCCGUGAGAAAGCCGACGAGGCUCACCACCGCACGCACGACUCCGAUGAAGUCAAGCACGACUCCGAUGAAGUCAAGCGACGGGGCCUCAAAGACCGUCGCCGUCGUCGUGACGACGAGACCGAGCUUGCCAUGGCCCGGCGGGGACACAGGGACGACGACAACCAGGCGCGGGUGUCAUGGCGUUCCAGGCACGUGGAGCCCCUGCCCGACGGCUCUGAGAAGGAUGGGAGCCGGGAGCCACCACCGUCAGAGGUGUCGGUCGCGGACACCGAGUGUGAGAUCUGCGGCCAGUGGAAAAAUGGGAACUUCGGAGUCAAGCAACACCAGAGGUCCUCGAAACACUGUUUGAGGUACAAGUUCUGGAACAAGGGGUGGAGCUGGGAGGCAGCCUGCAAAAAAGCUCAGUCCGAGUGGAAAAAGCAGGCGGCCUCCUGGAAUAACUGGAUCCACCGCGACGACCACACACCUGACAAUCGUCGCCGCCCAAAGUCACCGGAAAUGGGCCCUGUCAGGGUGAAGUCCAAGUCCAGGACUCCGAGGCGCGACCGGGAAUCGGUGGACAAAGGUGGUGGCCCGCCACUGUCACCGUCGAUUUCCGUGUCCCCGCCGCCGGCCAAGGGCCGGGUGAGGGUGGCAUCCCGCUCGUCGCCGCCUGCCAAGCAGCAUCGUCGCGCUGCUCUUCACGACGGCGGUGAUGACCGCGAUCGCCGUCACGGCGGCAAUGAAGGACAGACUCGCCAGUCGUCUGGCCGCAAUGACCCCGGUGCUGCUCGUCGUCAUCGUCCGACCGACGAUCGGCGCGACAGGGAUUACAAUGCCGUCCAUGUCAAGUCGCCUGACAACUACGGCCGUGAGGCGGAGGGGAAGCCCAAUGCCAAGGUGAAGGACCGCAAGCCUGACCGCAAGCCGCCGCCCUCCAAGCCUGCGGCAGCAUCAGCGGUCAAGGCUUCGGCCAACAACGCCGCCGAGUCAGGCAGUUACUACAGCAGUGACAGCAGCGACAGCUCGGGGGCUGACGCCGAGCAGCAGGACCCAGUGGCCACAGUGCCAGCGGCGAAGAAGGGCCCAGCCAGGGCCAAGACGCCGCCGCCGCCGAAAGCGUCAGCUGCAGCCCCGGCAUCCAGCGACCUCAAACUCGCUGCGGUAGCUCGCUUUUACGAAAGCCAAGCGUUGUUUCUGAGGGGCCUGAGCGACGACCCGUGGCUGGCACUGGCACCCCUGGUGAACAUGGCUGAGCCCAUUAAAAACGUUUCAGCCUGGCGCCUCAACCAGGCUGAAAAAGAUGAAGUCGCCAGGCGCACCCGGGCUGGCGAAGAUGAGAAGACUGUUACCCGUGAGAUCCAGUUGAAAAAAGCCGAGGCUUCUCGUGACAGGAAAGCUGCUGCCCAGGCUGUUGCUGACCGAGCCAAGCAGCAGGACAUGGCAGCUAAGUUGGCCAAGGGAAAAGCUGGCCAGAAAAAAGCAGGGGCCCCAGAAUUUGUUCAGACAGUGUCGUCUGAUGAUGCGACCAACAAAAGUUACUACACAGAUGUGCAAGCCGACUGCGAAGUCAUAUUAGCAGAGUAUGGCAAAGACUUUCAGCAGGCCAAGCCAUUGUCACUUGGCAAUGACGUAACCGGCCAAGACACAGGAGUGCAAGAUGCGUUCAGCAAGGCGAAAGCUGCCCAGUCUCGCCCACUUGACGAUGAGGACAAGUGGAAAGCCAAACGUGAGAAAUGGAGAUGCAUUCUCCUCAGCAUCCCGUGCAGCUUCACAGUGGUGGCUCAGUCUGACAUUUGGUGGAAGAGCUUCAACCGCCGGCAGGCCCUCCAGCAGGAACACGAAUCGCUCAGCCGCACAGCGGUACAAUACAGCAUGGAGAUCGCUGCAAUGAAAAACAUUGCCGAGGCUCAGUGCGGAAAAAAACUGACGGCUUCCGCUCUUUCAACGGAACUGCUUCGCUUGGGACUGCAGCCCAUCGUGGCAGGCAAUAAAGGCCCUGGACAGGACGACGAAGACUCAGGCAAUGGUUGCCUGAGCGCCAACUUCAUCACAGCUGCGCUGAAUUGCCAGAAAUGGGUUGUGGCAGACCCAGCCUGCAUGGAGAUGCUGCUGGAAUUGGAAGCAGGCUACGGCACAAAAUCACCUUUUCACCGGAUGACUGUUCUGAACUGUCUGGCCAUGAAGGCGACGAGCGCCAGCAGCAGGCAGUGGUCCUUAGCCACAAUUUGUGAUUGGAUAGCGCACGGGUUGCUGAAGUGUUCAGACGUGACGAAAGCAACGCUGGUUGGCGAUAAACAUCACACGGGCCUCAUACCCCUCUACGAGACCAAGUUGAAGGUGAUGGGCGCUUUUUUCGAUGAUUUCUUGCCAAAAGCCGGUCUCCGCGACGAAGAUAGGAAGCAGCUGAAGACAGCCCUCAGCUCCCAUUCAGCCUACCGGGCGCAUAGUGCUGGGACAGGCGACUGCAGUUGGCAAGCGUCCCUGCUUAAGUCCGGCAUCCUGACCUUCGAGCUGAUCGAGGAGCUUGUGUAUACAAGACAGCAUGACCACACGCUGAAGCAAGCGGCCAAACAGGGCGCAGUUGAGGCGGUCAUGGAGCAUGACAAUAUCAAAGUCAAAUGGGAGAAAAUAGGAGCACAAAUUGCCAACGAACUGGCUGAAAAGCAAGCUCUGACAGCUGUGGCGGGUGAGGGUUCGGCCGACGAGGAGGAAGAAGAGACUGUGGUCAUCCGCAAGUCCCCGAACUCGUUCACAUUGCAUUCGGCGCCGUACUGGCGCGCGGUGGGGAAUGCCACCGUCCGCACGUACAUUACACUGUGCCCAGAGCCCAAAACCCUGGCGGCUGUGGCAAGCGCGGUCAGUCAAUCGAACUUGAAGUCGGUCCGAGGCAACUCUGGGGAAAGCUGCGUGCUUUGCUUGCUGGACUUGGACCUACUAGGUGAAACCUUGGGACCGGCAUGCCAGGCAGGGCUGAGGCGGCAAUUCCAACCGACUCCGGGACUGUUGUCCAAGCUUGUGCGCAGCGCCAUGGUAGGGCGAGGGUCUCAAAAAGUCAACGAUGCAGGUGAAGCCUCCGCUGUCGUUGAAGGGGACGUGAUGAUCCUUCACGUCGGUGUUGGCCGAGGCAGCAAAAAAGAGCUCAAGGCGCUGUUCAGCCCGACUCUCGGAAGCGGCAAGCAGCAGAGAACAGACUCCGAACUGAAGGAAUCUGUCAUUGUGUUCAAGGAUGACAGCUUGCGCGCCCGGAAAAAGCGGGUCAAAGGAAGCUACACGGCUCAUUCUUUGCUUCUCACAGCCAGCUCAUCCAUCCUGUCCCACUCCGUCCCUGAGAAGACUUACAAUUUUCACCCUGGAAGCUGCUGGUCUGAUGUCAUCUCAGAGGUGGAAGCACUGUCAGCCAGCGAGCUGACCGAGAAAGAGGAGAUCCUGGGAAAGGAUCGACUUGUGGAUGUCACAGCCGAGGCGAAAGAGAAGAAGCCCGGGCAAGGCGACGGAGGGGCAAUGCUGGAAUCUGUUUUCAGCGCGGCAAUCUUUUCAGACAAUUUUUAUCGUGACCUCUUCAAAGGGCAUUCCGCAAAGGCUGUGCUGGAUUUGAGUGCCGGCCAGGGGGCGGCAGCCAGAGCCGCUCUUUUGGAGCGGGUCCCUUACUUCGCAUUGACCCACAGCGAGGCUCACAGCAAAAAGCUUGAGGUUGACCUGACAGAUUUCAUCGUGUCUGAGAUGAAAAAGGAGGGUUCCACCCAUUACAGACCAGAAGCCUGCCAAGAGCCAGCUGAGGCUGGACAGUCGCAGCCAGCGCCCAAGGGCAAAGCGAAGAACAAACGCCCCAACACAGAGGGCGGGGACACCAAGCCUAAAAAGCCGAAGCCCGAGCCGACCAAUGCCUCCGCUGAACCCAAGUCAAAGGGAAAAACAAAGAAUCAGAAGGCAGAAGAUGCCGCAGCGGGCGGCGAGGAUGGGGGCGCCGGCAACGGCGAUGAAGAAGAAGAAGAGCCCCCCUGGUGA